AUGAACCACACCACACCGCACCGUGUACACUGCACCACAGUGCACCACACCACACAGGAGGAGGCAGUAGACACCUGCCGAAACGAUAAUUACUCCCAUGCACUGCACCACACUCCAUCGCACCGCACCACACCACACCACACCACACCACACCACAACACACCACACUACACCAUACCAUACAACACUGCACCACACCACAAUGCAUCACACUGCACCCACUACACCACAUCACACAUCACCGUACUGCACCACACUACACCACACCACAAUGCACCACACUUAACCCCACCACAUAACACCACACUAAACCAAAAUGCACCACACCAAACUACACAACACCACACUGCACCACACCACUCUGCACCACACUACACCACACUACACCACACCACACUGCACCAUACCACACUGUACCACACCAUAUUGCACCACACCACACCACAUCACACUGAACUACACCACACCAUAAUACGCUUUGGUAGAUCUCACCGCAUCCUGCUCUACGAAUACAUGUCUGUACAAUAA